AUGGCAAUCGGGUACAAUAUUUUGUCUCUUGUUUCCAUUAAUAUUGUACUCUUGGUGGGAGCUUUGGCCGUAGAUGAAACCUCGGAUUUGAGAAGGUCGGAACACGGCGUGAGCACUUUGAACAAACAUGCUGUGGAUAACCCAGAAGAAGUGGCAAGGAUGGUUCAAAUGGAAAUCAUGAACAGCACUGAGAGGCGUAGACUCGGUGCCACCUCUGAAUGUGAGACCGGCAACCCAAUUGACGACUGCUGGCGCUGUGCUGGUGAAAAGUGGCACAAUGACCGCAAGCGGCUGGCAGACUGUGGUAUGGGCUUUGGUAAAAAUGCCAUCGGCGGCAAAUAUGGGAGGUACUAUAUCGUUACCGACUCGGAAAAUGAUGACCCUGUGAGCCCAAAGCCGGGCACCCUACGGUACGCAGUCAUCCAAGACGAGCCCCUCUGGAUAAUAUUCAAACGAGACAUGGUGAUCACUCUCAAGGAGGAGCUGAUCAUGAACAGCUACAAGACGAUCGACGGCCGUGGGGCCAACGUCGAAAUUUCCCACGGCGCCUGCAUCACCAUCCAGUACGUGACAAACAUCAUCAUCCACAACAUCAAGAUCCAUAACUGCAAGCAGACGGGGAACGCCAUGGUGCGGAGCUCCCCACAGCACUACGGGUGGCGCACCAUGGCCGACGGGGACGGGAUCUCCCUCUUUGGUGGGACCAACGUAUGGGUGGACCACGUAACGCUGAGUCAGUGCAGUGACGGGCUGAUCGACGCGAUCAUGGGCUCCACGGCAAUCACCAUCUCGAACUGCCACUUCAGCCAACACAACGAGGUCAUGCUUUUGGGGCACAGCGACAGUUACACCUAUGAUAAGAUAAUGCAGGUCACAAUUGUCUUCAACCAUUUCGGGCGUGGCCUUAUCCAGAGAAUGCCCAGCAGGUGCAGGCACGGCUACUUUCAUGUGGUGAACAACGACUACACGCACUGGGAGAUGUACGCCAUAGGCGGGAGUGCCAACCCGACCAUUCUCAGCCAGGGAAACCGAUUCAAUGCAUCUAACAAUCCUAACACCAAGGAGGUGACGAAGAGAAUUUACGAACAAGAAGGCAUGGAAAAUUGGAACUGGUUGUCGGAGGGGGACCUGAUGCUGAAUGGAGCGUAUUUCACAGAAUCUGGAAAGAAAGGUGGGUACAGCUACGCCAAAGCAUCAAGUGUAUCCGUCAAGCCUGCCUCGUUCGUUGCAGAUCUCACCAGAAAAGCCGGUGCCCUUUAA